ACGAAUAAAAUCUACUUUCACUUUUAAUUUUCAAAAUGAGCACGAGGGCAUCAAAAAUUGCGAGUAUUUCCUUGACAAAUGCAAAAUCGUGUUGUAAGAAGGGUAAUUUCGGGAGAUCAUUUGCUCACUAUUUAUUAUAUCUCAAAUUAUCCCCGGACAAAGUGAAUGACGUGUUAAGUGACUUUGUGUUGGUAAUGAGAGAAUGGACUGAGCAACUCGAAAGAGAAAAUAGAAUAGAGGAUCUUUUCCGUUGCUACGAGCAAGCAUGUGAAAUUGUACCAGACUGUGAAGUGACAUUGAACAAUAUUGGUGCUCAACUUUUUCGAAUUGGAUACAUAGAAGAAGCAGCAGGAUAUGUGCGUAAGUCACUGGAGAUAAACCCAGACUACACUGCAGCUAGGGACAAUUUGGACAACAUUUGCAGUCAUUUAGUGGAGCGCUGGCAUUUCAGAAUGCUGAAUGAUGUCAAAAGAAACACUGCCUAUCAGGCUGCCAUUCACACUAUGGCACAACUUGGUUACAGAAGUAUAUUGGACAUGGGAGCAGGUACUGGGUUACUAAGUAUGUGUGCAAAAGAAGCAAAAUUUGAGGAAAUUUAUGCUUGUGAAAGAUCUAGCACAAUGUGCGAUUUGAUUGGGAAAAUUCUAGCAGCAAACCAGUGUGACAAUAAGAUUACCCUUAUUGGCAAAAAUUCAACUGAGUUGAUCUUGGGAAGGGACUUUCCAGAGAGAGUGGAAGUGCUAGUGACAGAAACAUUUGAUGCCGCAUUGUUUGGAGAACAUGUGAUCCCAUCCUUAAUCCAUGCAUGGGAUAACAUACUUCUUAAGGAAUCUGGAAGAGUCAUACCUGAGAGAGCAACUGUGUAUGUAUGUGCUAUAGAAUGUGAAAAACUGAGACAUCAGAACAGAUUUUUGUACCCAGGACUUCAGAAUCUGGAUUUUAAGAACAUUUUCAUUGUGUGCAACACUUCACAGUCUUCAGAUGAACCCUACUCCACUGAAAACCUUCACAACAUGAAAGGGCACUUCAAAUUCCUGUCUGACCCCAUCCCUGUCACAACCAUCAACUUCAACGAUGUACAGUUACUGAGGAAGGUUCACGAGGGUGUUGAUUUUGGAGUGGAAAUUCCGAUUAAAUGCCCGGGCAAACUUGAUGCUCUUACUGUAUGGUUUGAUCUCCAUCUAUACCAAGACAUCACUGUGACAACCAGUCCAUCUGGUCCAAACUGCUGGGAACAAGCAAUAUUUCCUGUACUACCCAUAUCAUCAAAUUCCAAAUCAGAUGAAAAGGAGAAUAUCAAUCAGAAAGAAGGAGAGAGGAUUGCUUCAACUUUUAGCCUCAGUAAUAGUCGUUUACACCUAAAAUCAUGGCAGAAGGGAGAAUCUACAAAUGUCCAAGCAUCAGAAGACAAUAAAUGCCUCAAUUAUAGUAAAGGAGAGAGGACUUUCUACAUGAAUAGAAAUGAACUUUAUAGACUGAAUAAUCUGCAUUUGAAUAGGUUACACUGUAAAGCUUUAUCUCAAAUUAAGAGCUGCCAUCCAGAUAAGACAUUGACACUUUUGGACUUUUCUUGUCUCUUCUCUCCCAUCAGCCUUCAGAUGGGUUGCCAUGGAUACCCAUCUGGAACAGUAGUUAUGAAGUCUGAAUCUCAUGAAUUAUACCAAACUCUUUCCAAUACAAACGACCUAAGUGAAUUGAACUAUGACCUUUUGGAUGUAAAUGAAUGGCGUGGUUUGACUCAGAAAUAUGAUGUCAUUCUGUGCGAUCCAGUGGAGAUGUGUGGAGCUUUAAGGCAGCAGAUUUUUGAAGAUUUGGACAUUCUAAAGUUAACUUGCCUAGAAAGAAAAGGGCAAAUUGUUCCUGGGAUUAUACGGAUUAAUGCUGUGUGUGUGGAGUCUGAGAGUCUGAUGUCUGACAGCGCAGUACUGGAGGAUGACGUGACCUUAGGCCUUCGAAUUGCUGAAUUCAUCAAUGAGUAUCAGGCUACCACACACCUGGAUGUUGACUUCCUUCAUCUAGAUCAUGUCCGGCUCACUGAUCCAUUUCAACUUUUCCAAAUUGACUUGAAUGAAAAAUGUGAAGACAAACCGUCAUCAUUUCUUGAUCUAAAGAGCACGGUCACUGUAACUGCCACAGACACGGGACAUAUUACUGCGGUCAUUUAUUGGUUUGAAUUUGAACUUUGUGAGGGAAUUACUCUGUCAACUAUAGAAUCUGUGUUGCCUUGGAAUCAAGCAGCUGUGAUGAUGAAAUUGUGUGACCUUGACGUUGUAUGUGGUCAGCAACUAACGGUUCAGGCCACAGUGAAAAACAGCUGCAUUGGAAUUACUGUUGAUGAUGAAUUUGUGGAUGUCAGCUAGGAGAUGUAAAUCAUUUUAGUCAAAAUACUCCAAUACACUAAAACUCGGGUCACAGCAAAUUCCUGGGGUCCUGUUCAUGAUUUACUUUGUUAUAUCCAUAAUUAGCUACGUACAUCAGUAUAGCAAAUUAUUUCUGCAGUUUAUAAUGAAAGGACAAAUUACAAAGCAUACAAUAACCCUCCAAAUAUUCAUCUUUGUUUAUGGAAUAAAAUAUUUUGGAUCAUUAUCAUAAAGAGCAAAAAACCACUUGUAAA